GCGCUCGCGUCUAGUCGCUCCGCUCGGCUUUAGUUCUGGGAUUUUAGGCCAUGGGGCAGCAGGACGUGUGGCGGCUCCUGUCGAGGUUCAGCUCACUGAGAAGAGCUAAUGUCAUUCUGCAGCAUCUGAGAAUGUCCACGCACACAGAGGCUUCAGAAGUGCUGCUGGAGAGGAGAGGCUGUGCAGGGGUCAUAACGCUGAACAGACCCAAGGCCCUUAACGCACUUUCUCUGAACAUGAUCCGGCAGAUCUAUCCACAGCUGAAGAAAUGGGAACAAGACCCUGACACAUUCCUGAUCAUCAUAAAGGGAGCCGGAGGAAAGGCCUUCUGUGCUGGAGGGGACAUCAGAGCACUCUCUGAAGCCAAAAAAGCAAGACAGGAUUUGACUCAAGUUUUAUUCAGAGAAGAGUAUGUCCUGAACAAUGCCAUUGCUUGUUGUCAGAAACCAUAUGUUGCCCUUAUUGAUGGAAUCACAAUGGGUGGGGGAGUUGGUCUUUCAGUUCAUGGGCAAUUCCGAGUGGCUACAGAAAGGUCUGUCUUUGCCAUGCCAGAAACGGGAAUAGGGCUAUUUCCUGAUGUGGGUGGAGGAUAUUUUUUGCCAAGACUUCAAGGAAAACUGGGUUACUUCCUUGCACUGACUGGAUUCAGACUAAAAGGAAGAGAAGUACACAGAGCAGAAAUUGCCACACACUUUGUAGAUUCGGACAAGUUGCACAUGUUGGAGGAGGAGUUGUUAGCCUUGAAGUCACCUUCAGCAGAGGACGUUGCAGGUGUCUUAGAAAGCUACCAUGCCAAGUCCAAGAUGGAUCAGAAGAAAUCUAUCAUAUUUGACGAACACAUGGACAGAAUAAACAGUUGUUUUUCAGCCAAUACUGUGGAACAGAUUAUUGAAAACUUACAGCAGGAUGGUUCACCUUUUGCCUUAGAACAGAUAAAGAUAUUUUUGAAGCAAUGGCUAUUCAAGUUAAAGUAUCAUAUGAACAAAUAACUUAUCCUUCCCCUCCAGACUCAUAUAAUGUAAAAUCUAUAGGGGCGUCACUGUCUCCAACUUAUUUAUACUUCUCCCUGGAUAGCAUAUUUUAGCAUUCAAAGAAAUCAUUUUAAAAUAGUGACAUCAGUUUUCUUGGAAAAUUAGAAAGUUUACCUUAUAUUAUUAGAUUUGAAAUAUGUCCUGGGCUUUCUUCAGAGGACAGCAGAAUUGCCUGUGGACGUUUAUCCGCUACCAUUCCUUUGGUGCCCUGGCCUGGAUGCACAGGCCUGUAAUCAAAGCUAUUCAGGAAGCUGAAGCAGGAGACGUUCAAGGCUGAGGCAUGCAACUUAGUGAGUCCCUGCCUCAGAAAGUGAA